UGCGCGGAUCGGACAAUCCACUUGUUACCCCAAAUUAUAGCGAGCACCCCAUGCAAAGCAACAGUAAAAAUAAACGAGCGGCACGGACGGCCCUUUUUGUCCAUAGACAAGUGAGUGACGGAACGCGUUUGACGUAGAAAAGCGCGGCAAGGACAUUGCUUCUUUUUUUGUUUUUCGUGUGUCAAUGACCUCCAUUCAAGACUGAUAAAGUGAUUGUUGUUUUGUGUGAUCAAUGUAAACAAAGAUGAGUUUCGGAAAUUGUUACGAAGUGUAAUGUGUUUUUUGCUUUGAACUACUGAUUUUCUAAUUAGUUAGAUAAAAACAAAAAAAACAUGGCGACUUUACCAAUCUACGUAUCUUUAAGCAGCGAGGGUUUGUUCACCAGUCCUGUGAACGCUUCGCCAGUUGACUACGCCAAGAUAUACCCAGACCCGGAGUCUGAAAAGGCCAUCAUGGGUUCAGUGGUGUACUGCAUCCAUCACAAAGAAGGAUGCCAGUGGUCGGACGAGCUCCGUAAACUGAAGGCACAUCUGAACACCUGCAAGCACGACGCAGUGCUAUGCGCGGCGCAGUGUGGCGCGAUGAUCCCGCGAGUGCUGAUGCAGGAUCAUCUGCGCUAUACGUGCCCGCGUCGCCGCGCCAACUGCGAGCAUUGCGGCAAGGAGUUCUCUGGGAGUGCUUUAGAGGAGCAUCAAGGCAAUUGUGGCCACGAGCCCGUGUACUGCGAAAACAAGUGUGGCGCUAAGGUCCAACGCAGACACACACAGCAGCAUGUUCAGCAACACUGCAGCAAGAGGCUCGUGCCAUGCAGACAUUGCGGGCAGAGGUACACGCAGGACACAGUGUCCGCCCACGGGGCGAUGUGUUCGCGCGCUCCCGUGCCGUGCCCGCAGCGGUGUCUGGCCGCGCCCGCGAGGGACGAGCUAGAUGCACACCUCCGAGACCAUUGCGCGGCUGGAUCCGUCCUGUGCACGUACAGGGACGCUGGAUGUCGCUUUAAGGGUACAAGGCAAGCUCUAGAAAGGCACACUGAAGAAAGUUCCCAACAGCAUUUGGCCCUGGUCUCCGCGCUGGCGACACGUCAGGCGCGGCAACUAGAAUCCCUUCGGUCAGCAGUCGCACGACUGUCGGUCAAUUACACCGGCGCGCUAGUGUGGCGCAUCAGCGACUGGGCCGCGAAGAUGGCGGAGGCGAAGUGCAAAGAUGGCGUCGAGCUUGUAUCACCCGCGUUUUAUACGAGUCAAUAUGGAUAUAAGUUGCAGGCGUCACUCUUCCUGAACGGCAACGGGGCGGGCGAGGCUAGCCACAUGUCAGUAUACAUAAAGAUUUUACCCGGCGAAUACGACGCCCUACUCCGCUGGCCCUUCGCGCACACCGUCUCCUUCACACUCUUCGACCAAAGCUCCAGUCCGGACAGGGCGUGCAAUAUCGUCGAGAGCUUCGUCCCAGACCCCACAUGGAAAAACUUCCAGAGACCUUCAAAGGAGCCAGAUGCGUUAGGCUUCGGGUUCCCGAGGUUCGUGUCCCACGAAAUGCUCAAAAAACGCAACUUUGUCAAAGAUGACGUCAUGUUCCUCAGGGUCAAGGUCGAUCCGAGCAAAAUAGUAGCAGUUUAAUCCCCGUGCUACCAAUACUAAGGUGCUUCAACGCACAAUCAAAAAGUCACUGUUAUUUAGUAUUAGAUAAUUUAAAAGUCAUAGUUCUUAAGUUUUUUGUAUAUAUUUUUUUUAGGAUACUUUAUUUUUGGAGUUGUCGCGGGCAUUUUUGAGUUAAGAACGUCUAGAGUCGAGAAAUAUUACAUGGCCUUUUUAAGAGACUGAUACGAUAUUAUGAUGUUAGUUGAGUCUUACUGCCAAAAAUAAUAUGAUUAUUAAUGUAAAAUGUUUCUCGGUUACUUUUUUUA